AUGGCUACUAUAUCAAAGCUGCCACAGUCAGUUAUUCCAUGCUUCAAGUUCAUUGAGUUGCCUCGCACCAAUCGAACCGCUGCUGGUGGUGGUGGUGGUGGUGACGAUGAUGAUGAUGCUUCUAGCAUGGAAAGCUCUCUCAAAGAUGAUACGCAGUCCCUCAUGACGCAACCGACUUGGUCAUCACCGAUUAAAGUAGGAGAAAGCGAUAGCGAUAGCGACAGCGAUAGCGACAGCGAUUGGAGUUUGACAAAGAACGAAGCCACACUGCAAACUACGAAAUCAGCUUCCUCUGACAGCAAUGGUAAUCGGCCAAAGAAACGAAGACGAAGCAGACGCAACCAACCUUCCAAAUCAAGUGUCCCACCAGUUGACGAAUUGCAACCUCGUCGAAAGAAGCAAGUUACUACUCGUGCAACCACAAAGAGUCCCACGAAACGCAAAUCGCAACCAACAGCGUCCAGUCCAACUACUACUGCCAAAACAAGAACAAAAACAUUGACAAAAACAUCGACAUCGACAUCGACAACAAAAUUAGUUCAAUUCAAUGGAAAACUGAUGCACAUCAACGCGGUCAUGAAAAUAAACAGUUGGCCUGUCAGGACCUUUCUCAGGAGACGAAAACGAAGGGGCAAAGUCCAAUAUCUAUGCGACUUUGAAGAUACCUGGGAGACGGAGGAUUUGGUAGAGGCACUCGAGGAUUACAAAAAUAGUGGUCACAAACCCACCGUCCUCCAAACCAAAACCAAAAAAAUGCCGGGAGGCAAAAAGUCGGUAACCCUCCAAUUGUGUCGCUGGCCAAAUCGGUGGGAACCGGAAGAGAAUUUGUCCGAUUCGGUCCGGCAAGAGGCCAUUCUCGAUGUUUUGGAACACAGAGAUUGGUCCAUUCAAACCGUCUUGGAGGUACGGACGGUGGGGCAAAACGAAGAAUAUCGAAUCAAGUGGGAGGACACAUGGGAAACCCCAGAAACGGUAGAGGAAAUGAUGCGACGCAAGGAGGACUACGAUGUCACUGUUCUCGAGACCAAGACGACUCGAAAACGUGGAACAAAACCGGAAACCUUGUGCUUGUGUCGCUGGGCGCCGGAAUGGGUGCCGAAAGAAAAUCUUACGGACGCUGCCAAGAAGAAAGCUCUGAUUGAUUUGGAAGGUCGUCAACAACACAAGAAGAAUGUUGACGACGCUACGACGACUAGCGUUCCACGACAACAACAAGAAGAGAAUGCCAUUAUGGAGACAAAUGGUGGUGGUGGUGGUGGUGGUAGUGGUGAAAAUGACAACCGCUCGGACGAAUGUACGCCAAUGAAAAAUCCGGAAUCCCCAAUGGAAAGCGCAGCAGCAGUGACAACAGCAGCGCUACCAUUGGAAACCACCACUACGCGUGUUAGCAGUGGUCACGAGGGUAAUGUCGAAAACAUGGGGUGCAGUGGUGGUGGAGGAGGUGGUGGUGGUGGAGGAGAAGGAGAAAAAGAAGAUGACAACAUUGUGGAAGAAAAGAACAAUGAGCCAAUUGAAAACCAAGGAGGAGGCGGUGGUACAGCGAGUGACAGUAGCAGUGAUGGUGGUGGCUCGAGCACCUUCUCCAUUGAACAAAUGUCAGGCGACGAGGACUAUGUGGACCCGCAAAUUCCCAUGCUUGUAGAGUUUGUCAUCAAUGGAGGGAACCAUGGAGAAAGAUGA